UUUAUUUUUUCAAUCAGAUCAACUCCUUCAGGUCUUGUCAUUACGUGCACCCGCUCUCGUGUUGUGACCACUUACUCUCUUGUUCUUCGCUUGGAGUUGAAUUUUGUUUCGUCGCCUGAUCGGAUUUGAUUUUCUGAAUCUCGAGUUGUCAUUGUUCGAGAAAAUGCCGGCGUUUUACGGAGGAAAGCUCACCACCUUCGAGGAUUCCGAGAAGGAGAGCGAGUAUGGUUACGUUCGUAAGGUUUCAGGGCCUGUUGUUGUUGCUGAUGGUAUGGCUGGUGCUGCUAUGUACGAACUUGUGCGUGUGGGGCAUGAUAAUUUGAUCGGUGAAAUCAUUCGGCUGGAGGGAGAUUCUGCCACAAUCCAAGUUUACGAGGAGACAGCUGGCUUGACGGUUAAUGAUCCUGUGCUUCGGACACACAAGCCUCUAUCAGUCGAGCUUGGACCGGGAAUUCUGGGAAAUAUCUUUGAUGGAAUUCAGAGGCCUUUGAAGACUAUUGCAAAGAGAUCUGGUGAUGUGUACAUCCCUCGUGGUGUGUCUGUUCCGGCUCUUGACAAAGAUGCCCUUUGGGAGUUCCAGCCAACUAAACUGGGCGAGGGCGACACUAUUACUGGUGGCGACUUGUAUGCAACCGUUUUCGAGAACAGUUUGAUGCAACACCAUGUCGCCCUUCCUCCUCAUGCCAUGGGCAAGAUCACUUACAUUGCUCCAGCUGGUCAAUAUUCCCUUAAGGAUACUGUGCUUGAGCUUGAAUUCCAGGGUGUAAAGAAGCAGUUCACUAUGCUUCAGACCUGGCCUGUACGUACACCUAGGCCUGUUGCAUCAAAGCUUGCCGCUGAUACUCCUCUACUUACUGGGCAGCGUGUCCUUGAUGCCCUUUUCCCCUCUGUUCUUGGUGGGACUUGUGCCAUUCCUGGUGCUUUUGGUUGUGGAAAGACUGUUAUCAGUCAAGCACUUUCAAAGUACUCUAAUUCUGAUGCUGUUGUCUAUGUUGGUUGUGGAGAGCGAGGAAAUGAAAUGGCUGAGGUGCUUAUGGAUUUCCCUCAAUUGACAAUGACAUUACCUGAUGGCCGAGAGGAGUCUGUCAUGAAACGUACGACACUUGUAGCCAACACCUCUAACAUGCCUGUGGCUGCUCGUGAAGCUUCAAUUUACACAGGAAUUACUAUUGCUGAAUAUUUUAGAGAUAUGGGCUACAAUGUUAGUAUGAUGGCAGACUCAACUUCCCGUUGGGCAGAAGCCUUGAGAGAAAUUUCUGGACGUCUGGCUGAAAUGCCUGCCGAUAGUGGAUACCCUGCAUAUCUUGCAGCUCGUUUAGCAUCAUUUUACGAGCGUGCUGGUAAAGUGAAAUGUCUUGGUGGACCAGAACGUAGUGGAAGUGUCACAAUUGUUGGUGCUGUUUCUCCUCCUGGUGGAGACUUCUCUGAUCCUGUGACUUCUGCAACUCUUAGCAUUGUACAGGUCUUCUGGGGUUUGGACAAAAAGCUUGCUCAGAGAAAGCAUUUCCCAUCCGUUAAUUGGCUAAUUUCAUACUCAAAGUACUCCACGGCAUUAGAGUCUUUCUACGAGAAGUUUGAUCCAGAUUUCAUCAACAUCAGGACAAAAGCACGUGAGGUGUUGCAACGGGAAGAUGAUCUCAAUGAAAUUGUCCAGCUUGUAGGAAAGGAUGCUCUGGCUGAAGGAGACAAAAUCACCCUGGAAACAGCUAAGCUAUUGAGGGAAGACUACCUUGCCCAAAAUGCGUUUACACCAUAUGAUAAAUUCUGCCCAUUCUACAAAUCUGUAUGGAUGAUGCGUAACAUUAUUCAUUUCUACAACUUGGCUAAUCAGGCGGUUGAGAGAGCAGCUGGGAUGGACGGUCAAAAGAUUACUUACAGUCUCAUCAAGCAUCGUUUGGGGGAUCUCUUCUACCGUUUAGUGUCUCAGAAGUUCGAAGACCCAGCUGAGGGUGAGGGAGCUCUUGUGGCGAAAUUCAAGAAACUGCACGAGGAUCUGACAGCCGGCUUCCGAGCGCUGGAAGAUGAAACUCGAUAAUCAGUUUCCGAAAUCUAAAAAGAUGUUCCUGAAGAAGAGUUCGGAGCCACCAUUCCAAUCCGGUUCUAUAUAUAUGUGCGAGGGGUUGUUCUAGCGUGAACUCACAUACCGGAUGAAUCUCUGACACUUGAGACAGAGGUUUGUCCGGGUUUUGAGCAGCCAUUGUCGUGUUCUCGGACUGAGAUCUUAGAUGAUUUCGGCUUUUGUACUUUACCCCCGUGUAGUAAUAUGGUUUUCAUGAGUCCAUUUCUUUAUUUCUUGAUAACAAGGUACAGGCAAAAGUGAACGUAUAUGUCUGUUUCUUGUUUGCUCAAUAAGUGCAAUGAUGUAUUUGGAAACCCUCGAGGGAUCAUUCUUUGGCUUUUGGUUA